UAUGAAGUGUCAGGUGCCGAAAUUCGACAAUACCAACAAGGUCAUGCCAAGAAAUAUGAUCUCAACAAGUACAUUAUUUGCAAUCGAGAAGUCGUCGGUGCGAGGUGAAGUGAUGAGACUGGAGGAUGGAUAAUCACCACGAGAGAUCAAUCCGGGAAGGAAACGCUCAACACCAACCCGACACCUGCAACGUCCUCAUCUCCACGACGGGACGCUUGUACCAUCCCAAAUGGCCGGAUUUGAAGGGAUUGACGUUGUACAAAGGUGUCUUGGUGCGUAGGGCAAGGUAUCCCGAAGGGCUCGACUUGGGAGGAAAACGUAUUGUCGCUCUAGGAUCAGGGCCGUCGGGGGUACAGAUCGUUCCUUCCGUUCUGAAUAGCGUGGGGCAUCGGGACAUCUUCUACCAUUGGAUUCGAUCUCCAAUUUGUGUCGUUCCUAUCGUUGGUCUUAUAACUUUGAUUACACCGAAGAAAAGACAGUAGCUCACUCGAGAUCCAAAACAUUACUUCUUGUAUCGCUGGGCGAUAGAGAACGAACACAACAAGCACUUCCCAUUCUUAAUCUCAGGCUCAGAGGAAUCGGGGGAUGCAUGUACCCAUUGUAAGGAGGCAAUGCGACAGAAGCUUGCUACUGUACCGCACAUCACAAAGAAGAUCAUCUCGACGGAUUUUGACAUCAGAUGUUUUGUCCUACCCCUGCUCCAGGCUAUUGCUAAG